ACGACAUCUGGCAUGCAAAAUCGAUCAGUCAAACGUUUUUAUAACGUACUCGCWGCCAUUCGAAAAUCAUAGACUACCAUACUCUUCCUUCUUAAAAUACUGAGCAGCUCUGGUAAAAAAGGUUGUUAAUGUUCGAUUGACGAAAAACCAGUUACUUCGAUGGAAAUGAGAAAGGUGUUAAAGGUGAAGGCUUUUGCAGGGCUCGUUGCAAUUGUUCUUCAUCUAACUUUGGCAAAAGGCUUUCAGAGAGACGUCUACGGUAUGGCUGGUGUCUUGAGUCAUUUCGAGCACCAAUAUAACGAGCAAAGUGGCUCUACUGACACAUGGACCAUCACGGUUCCUAUCGGAUAUAAUAUUAAUCUUACCAUUGUGUAUUUCAAGGGAAGUAGUAAUACAUGUCCUGAUAAUAUUGAAGUGAAGGAUGUCUUGUCCAAUCAGAUCGUGGAAUGUAACUCGAAUUCUCCGUCCAUUUAUUCUUCAAAACAAAGAGUUCUUCAAGUUAUUUUCAAAGAUUCAGCAGAAUACUUUGCCACUUUUACAGCACUCAACGGUAACGAUAAAGAUGGCUGUGAUCAUGAUUGGAAAUUGCUUGAUGAUUCUUGCUAUAAAUUGUUUGGAAGGUCGGCUGCUAGAGAUAAAGAUAAAGCAAAUAAACAAUGUCAAGAUAAUAGUGCUUCGUUGACAUCAGUAAACACCAAGCAAGAGAAUGAUAUGUUGAGAGCAAUGCUGAAACAACAACAACAACAACAACACUCUCGAGAUACAGUUAAUAAAGUAUUAAUUGGCCUUAAAUACGAUGUUAGCAGUAAGAAGUUUGUUCACAUCGAUAAUACUCCAGUUAUCUUCAGUGCUUGGAUAAAACCAAGAAAACCACUUUCCAACGACUUUUGUUUCACCCUACAAAAGAAUGGAUCCUGGUCUGAAAGUCAAUGUGGACUGAAACACAAUUACUACUCUUGUGAAAAAAGAGUCUUGUCAAGAAACAUACCAUAUAAGGAAUGCAGCCUUCCAGUGGGAUUGAAAAAUCAAAGCAUGGUGAAUAUCAGUGCCUCCACACAAGACGCGAAUUUUAUCGCUAACAGUGCUCGACUGUACGGAAAUUCGGGAUGGGUGCCAGAGAAUGGAGACAGCCAGCCAUGGAUUGAGAUCAGCUUUGAGUCACCCUUUCUCGUCACUGCUUUUGCAACUCAGGGGAUUGAAAAUAGACAAUGGGUUGCUAGAUUUUCCUUAUCUUUUGUACUUUAUGACAAGCGAUAUGUCAACUUUACAAACCCAAGACGACAAAUCGUGUAUUUUGAAGGCAACAGGGAUGCCCAUAAUGUAGCCUACAACAGGCUACCGUACCCAAUUAUCGCAAAGACUGUUCGUCUUGUGCCAGAGGAAACUCAAAGCAUUGGACUGAGAAUGGAAUUCUAUGGCUGUCAAUCAAAAGAAGCCUAUGUGAAUUGUAGCCAGCCCCUUGGACUAGAAACGUCUGCUGUCCCCGAUGAGCUUAUGACAGGCUCGAGCCACCAUCCCAGUAGCCCGCCACACAAUGCACGUCUCAACAUUGACCUGGACUCUCAGUUUAGCUGCUGGUCACCGAGUAUUCAUGAUACAGACCAAUGGCUGCAGAUUGAUUUUAGAAGUAACAGGAAUCGGGUUACAGCGAUUGCAACCCAAGGUCGAGGGGACGAUGAGGUUGAAGAGUGGGUGACUAAAUACGCACUGAGCUAUGCACAAUAUGGAAACCAUAUCUUCACUUACUACAAAGAAAACAAUUUAAGAAAGAAUUUCCGCGGAAAUUCAGACAAAGCCACGGUGGUCAAAAAUACACUCGAUCCAGCGAUUGUUGUCUUCGCCUUGCGAAUUCAUCCACUUGAAUGGAAAAACAAUAUCUCUAUGAGACUGGAGGUCUAUGGAUGUCAAGCAAACGAUAGUUACACAGCGUGGGGUAACUGGUCUGAUUGCAAUGCUUGGUGUAACGGACUUCAAAAUCGCACUCGACACUGUAAGAGUUCAUAUCCACAUGAUUGUCUAGGUCCUUUGGUUGAAUCAAGACGAUGCAACAUUUCGAAUUGUUUCUCUUCCUGGACUAAUUGGACUGAAUGUAAUCAAACCUGUGGUUCUGGUGUUAGGAACAGAACAAAAUACUACCUUGGAGAUUUCUCUAACAAAACGUGUAAUGGAAGCAUAACCGAAAUAGGAGAAUGUAAUACAGAUUCAUGCGAUGCUUGGAGUACCUGUAAUAUGACCUGUGGAAUUGGCUUUAAGAAACGUUAUAUAAAUUGUAAUGAUUCCAGUCAGCCAAGCAGCUGUGAAACACAAGUGCACCAAUGCAACCGAACUACCAAGCCAGGCAUUGUCGACUCAAACUGGUCGUAUUGGAGUGACUGUAAAUCAACUUGUGGUGGUAUUUACUACCAAGAACGCUCGAGAUCAUCGAUGAGUAACAAUAACAACCUUGUAUAUAAUCCAGAAGUAGAGAGCAGAGAGUGCGUCUAUCUGUGCAAUGAAAGUUGUAUCUGCACUUGGAGUAACUGGACCGACUGUAAUGCUACUUGUGGUGGCGGCGCUCGAACUCGUCUGUUUAACUGUUCCUACACAUCCUCUGGGUUGGUUAACUGUUCGGGAUCGAUUCAUGACACCAUGGUAUGCAAUAACUUCUCUUGCCCAGUCAAUGGUAGCUUUACUGAGUGGAGCAACUGGACCGAUUGUACAGCGACAUGUGGUAAUGGUACACGACAGCGCAUGCGUAACUGUACCAACCCACUACCAGCCCAUGGAGGGAAGAACUGUACUGGGAACACGACAGAGAUUCAAAUAUGUGUCACCCAGCCCUGUCCAGAAACUCCUAUCSAUGGUAACUUUASUGAAUGGAGUCCAUGGACAAAUUGCACUAAAUCGUGUGGUACUGGUACCCAAGGGCGCACGCGUACUUGUACGAGUCCACCACCAGCCAAUGGAGGAGCCAAUUGCAGUGGCCACACUCACGAGACACAGAAUUGUCACACACAUCACUGUCCUAUUCAUGGGGGUUGGACAUCGUGGUCUGAAUGGUCUUAUUGUAACAGACCGUGUGGUAUGGGGUACGAGAACAGUACAAGAUCGUGUACAAAACCAGCUCCAAUGUAUGGAGGGAGAGAAUGCGCAGGACCAACCAACAGAUCAAGAACCUGUAACAAUUUCACUUGUCCAGCUGCUGAGGUGCUGGUUAACGUGCAUUUUACCAAGGAAAACUGGACUAAUGACCUGGUCGACUUGACCAGCGAAGCAAGUCGGAAACUCAAAGAAAAGAUACUAAAAAAUCUGCAGAAAAUCUACGAAGGUCAGGACAUUAACGUAACGCACAUUGAAAUAAACUCCUUCAGCAAAGGAAGUAUCAUUACCAAUUUCACCAUAUUCUUUAUCAAAAUGGAUAAUCUGCAGUUGGUGAUAUUACAAGAAAAAAUGGAGACCACUGGACUUCUGAGUACCAUGCCUGUGCGGUACCCUAAGUUUAACACGACCAAAGUUCCAAGUUUAAGCCCAACAAUUCUGACCAUCAACAACCAGACUUCAACUUCUAUUUUCUUGACAUGGACACACGUCCCCUCAAUCUAUCUCAACAACCAAAACUUGAGUGGGUACAGUAUUUUUUAUAGAGAAAAAAAUGGAGAAUAUUUACCAGAUCAACAGAAAUCAGUGGCGUCAGACAAAAAUAAAACAAUUGUCGAUGUGUUGAAGAAGUACUCCGAAUACUCCUUAAGGAUACUGGCAUUCACUGAAAAUGGCAAUGGUAUUUCCAGUGAGCCCAUUGAUUUUAAAACUGAUGAAGAUGUUCCUUCUGAUUCUCCUUUGGAUUUACGUCUCACAGCGCUCAGUUCCACAAAAAUAGCUGCUGAAUGGGACCAUAUUAAUCCAGCGCUUAUCAAUGGGAUCCUACUAGGGUACAACGUCACAGUCACCGCAGUUACUGACCUAAAGUCGGGGGGGAAAAAAUUUCAACUACACGGCUCAACCGAUAUUUAUUCGUUGGUAGAGAAUUUAGAAAUAUUUACAAAUUAUUCAGUUGUCGUUUGUGGAUUCACGUCGAAGGGUUGUGGAAAGACCGCAGAAGGGUUUGUUCAGACGCUGGAAGAUGCCCCAAACAAACCACCAAGAGACGUCAAAGCAUUGAAUCUCUCUAGUACCUCUGAGUUAAUGGUUACGUGGAGUGCCCCCGAAGAAGACGGCAUAAACGGAAUACUACGAGGAUAUACCUUACGAUACAAAAACAAAUCAACGUCGGAAGAAGAAGUGGAAGAAGCUCGUGUAAUUGAAAUAGAUUUUCUUCCAUCUGAUCAUGAAUGUACCUUAACGAACUUGACGUCAUUCACAGUGUACGAGAUCAUGGUUGCGGCCAGGACUAAUGGUGGUCUGGGCCCAUUCGCCCGCAUAUAUGGAGAAACUUGUCGAUGCGAAAAAACGUUCAACACCAAUUACUGGUAUCUUACACCAUACCUAAACAAAACAAGUAGUGGUCAAGUCCAGGGAAUUUUCUCUCAUAUCAUACGUAACAUGAUCACGUGGGCAUGUGCAGACUGUAAGAAUGGUCACGGGAAGACAGUUGUUGAUUUCACUCAUGAUGGAAGUGGUUCACAGGCAGACAAGAGGAGUAUGUUGGAUGUAAUAGCAAAUAUUCACCAUGAAGUUCAAAUCAGCUUCCCAAUCAACGGAAACAAGUACAUGACUAGAGUAUAUGGUGGCCACGCYUUUGUGCCUAUAGUAGAGUCUCCAGGAGUGGCUUUCCUCUCACAGCGACGCGACCCUGUUUCCCCUGCAUGGAACAUACUCAAAUCAGUUCUCAACAUGUUCCCCUUCAUACUAUUGUCGCUUCUUUUCGCAUAUUUGGCUGGAGUAAUCGUGUGGUUCUUUGAUGCCGAUGACUUAGAAGACACCUCAUUUCCUCGCUCCUUCAUCAAAGGAGCUGCCGAAGGAAUGUGGUGGUCUUUCGUCUCUAUGACUACCGUCGGCUAUGGAGACAGGUCUCCGAAGAAAUACAUGUCUCGGGUGUUUGCCAUGUUGUGGACACUCUAUGGUAUGAUACUAGUAUCUAUCAUCACCAGUUCAGUUACGACUUCCUUGACAACCGUCACCGUGGAAACAACGAAAAAGAUUUAUGGACUUCCGAUUGCAGCCAUUCAAAAUUCCUCUGAGUAUCGACUGGGCAUACUCAUGAAUGGCAAGGUGAAUCAAGCUAACCAAUAUUAUUCAGUGAAAGACAUCCAUGAUGCUAUUGUUAAACGUGAAGUCGAAGGCGCUCUUAUCGACACCUACGUAGUAGCAAUGGAUAACAAGCGCUUCACUGAUGAUAAUAUUCUAGUCACUAAACUGCUCGAACGACCAUUCGGUUAUGGCAUUGCACUCUCCAUUGGAGCAGCUGCCUCGAUAGAACACCAGUGUAGGGACUACCUCAUACUACACCAAAAGGAGGUUAUUUCGCUCAUUGAAAGAAGUACAGGACAAUUGCAGAAGCCCAAGCAAAGUUUAUCAGUCGAGAGGUCGUCAGGUUUGUUUGACCCUGACUCGAUACUUUACCGCAACACAGUAUUGUUCGUUGGAUGUUUUCUAAUCCUGGCAAUUCUGUGUGGGCUUGUCUGGCAUUUCAUGUAUAAAGUGAAACACAGCAAAGUAAACCUAGCACAACGUAUAGAACACCAACAACGAGAGAAGACAAGGAUCAUUUUGAGGCAAAUCGUUGACGAAUUCUACAUCACUGCCAAGAGAAAAAUUCAGAUGUUGAGAGAACAGCACCGAAAAGAACUGAUACUAAUCUUGAAGAGAGAAAAAAAAGAGGAAGAACAAGAAGUGAUGAAUUCGGGGCAGGCGAAGAAAGACGAUGACUUGAACAUCGUAUUUAAAACUGCUUUUAAGCUUAUCAAACGAUAAGACUAUAAGCAACUAAAGCUUAAAAUCAAUCCCGUGACUUUUUGGGGACUAAUGAAUACAAAUUUAGCAACUAUUAAUUCAAAAUAUGCAUGUCGAAAUAAGUCUUCAAAGUAUUCUUGCUCACUAUUUCUUUCUCUUGAAACCAGAAAUCAAGAACUACAGCUAUUACCGGAAGGGACGUCUAUUGAUAGCAACCUAUUUGUAAUUAGCGAUUAUUUAUAAGCAACAUAUAGAAAACAAGUAAAUUAGGAAGUAUGGCACUAGAAUUAAGAUCAGUUUUAUCGAGGCUUGAAACCAAGCAAUAGCUUUAUCAAAACUAAGGCAACACUAGAUAAAUAGUUGAAAUAUGAACUAGCGGAGCCUGGGAGAGGUGUCCCAGCCCCUUGUAAUGCUCUAAAAUGAUUUAUUAUUAGACUGGAUACUAGUUUAUGGAAUAAUAGAAUGUAGAGUAUUCAAGUGCUUCAAUCCUCAAAUACUGCAUGCCGAGUGGAUUUGUUCCCCAUCAGACAAAAUAAUGAAGCUAGAAAAGAAUUGUUGCUUUAGUAACGUCUUUUGACUAACGUCUAUCUAUUUAUUAAACCUUGUAGAAAAACRAGGAUGAUAUAGAUGAAAAUAGUAAGCAGAAAAAAGCUCAAUGAGCCAUUUGGAGGUUGAGGAAAAAACUGGGUCGAGCGAGUCGUCAUCGCAGUGCAUUGUGCAUGUGGGACGGUUUUAGGGAACGAAAUAGACGCUAUUUUGAAAAUAUGCCACCUAAAACAGUCCCAAAAUGCACUUCAAUGCCAACUGUACCCAGUGUUUUUCCUCGAUCUCAUAACGGCUGCUAUAUCGACGAAAAUGGCAAGAAAGUCAUUUGAUGAAUUCAUAAGUUCAACAUGAGAUUUAAACAUCAUUUUGAAACAAAAUGCUUUUAUAAAUAGAACGUACCAAGUAUUUGAACACGGUUAAAGCGUACAUUUAUUAAUAGUACUUUAAAGGAUUAUAAGAUACACUGAACCGCAUGCAUGCAUUUAACAAAGCUUGAUUCACACAACUGUUGGGUUGAACACAGGUAACCCACGCUAUCCACUAUUAUAAGGAAAUGUAUGUAGUAAAURGAUUUCGCUAAAAUUUUGGAAAUAAAACUUCKAUCGUAUGAUGUUUUGA